CCAUUGUCAAUAUGUCGCAGCAUCCUAUCACUGAAUAUACUUCCUCGUCUUCGUGGGCUUUGAUCGAGGACAAGUUCUCCCCCUUUGCGAAGGAGACUCUUGCCAAACUUAUCAAGUUCCUCGAGGAGGAAGUCGAGCCUGCCAACAAGCUCGCACAUCUCCAACUUCCCGACGAUGAGCGCCGCUGGAAGACCGUCCUCCCUGUCCUCGAAGAGUUGAAGGCGAAGGCUAAGAAGCUCGGCCUCUGGAAUUUGUUCCUGAGCAAGGCUCAUUACCCUGAGCAUGGUGUUCCAUUGACCAACUUGGAGUACGGCGUUAUGGCUGAGCUCCUUGGCUAUUGCGGACAUAUUGCCUCUGAGGCAGUCAACUGCUCGGCCCCUGAUACUGGAAAUAUGGAGGUCCUCGCCCGCUAUGGCUCUCCCGAACAACAGAAGAAGUGGUUGAUCCCCCUUCUCAACGGUGAAAUCCGUUCCGCGUUCGCCAUGACUGAGAAGAAUGUUGCCUCGUCCGACGCUACCAACAUCCGCACCUCUAUCCGCAGAGAAGGCAAUGAAAUUGUUAUUAAUGGCCACAAAUGGUGGAUUUCCGGCGCUGGCGACCCGCGCUGCGCUGUGCAUCUUGUCAUGGGCAAGAGCGACCCGGACAACAAGUCCAAGUAUCACCAACAGAGCGUCGUGCUCGUUCCCGCCAACCACCCUGGUGUCAAAAUCAUUCGACCCAUGAAGGUGUUCGGUUACGACGACGCACCCGAGGGUCACUGCGAGAUCAUCUACGAGAACGUUCGCGUUCCUCUGGACAACCUUGUACUCGGCUGGGGACGUGGCUUCGAGAUUAUCCAGGGCCGACUUGGACCUGGCCGUAUCCACCACUGCAUGCGCUCGAUUGGACAUGCCCAGAGAGCUCUCGACUUGAUGUUGCAGCGAGUGACUGAUCCUGGUCGUAAGACAUUCGGCAAGUACUUGUACGAGCAUGGCACCGUCGUCGCCGACAUUGCCAAGUCCCGUGCUGAAAUUGAGGGUGCACGUUUGCUCGUGUUGAGCGCCGCACUCCAGAUUGACAAGUUCAAGGCCAAGGGAGCGCUCAAGGAGAUUGGUAUUGCCAAGUUCGUCGUCCCUACCAUGGCUUUGACUGUCAUCGACCGUGCUAUCCAAUCCUUCGGUGCCGAGGGUGUCUCGCAAGACACUGAACUCGCCGCUCGAUGGGCUGGCCUCCGUACCCUCCGAAUUGCUGACGGUCCUGACGCCGUCCACAUCCAACAAGUUGGCCAACGCGAACUCAAGCGCGUCCCUCGUCUCGUCGAGAGGACUCGUGAAAUCAAGAAGAAGGAAAAGGCUCUGUUGGAGAAGGCCGGUUUUGCAAAGGCUCAACUGUAAAAUGAUAACUAGCUACGGCUAGUACGGGAAUAAGGACUGGAGUAUUUAAGGCAAUGCGUGUAGUGUACAAUCAUCUGCAAUAGCAUAUAGGCAGGAAUCUAAGACCUGUUUCAAGCA